AUGCUAGAUAUAGCUGAUGAAUUUGCCGAUAGUAUUGACCAAAUUGCUGAAUGGGGUUUUGUUAGUAAGUUGGAUGAACGAGUUCUAACUGCUGGUCUUGAACCGAUAAUAGAAUGGUGGAAGAAUAACAUCAGCAAUAACAAUGUUUUACAAGAUCAGUCUAUUCAGCCUAUUGCUAUCUCUGAGCAAUCUCCUUCAUCGAUGGUGGAUAAAUCGGAUUACUUUUCUCAACCGCCACCAUAUACCUCGUUACAAAAUAGUGUUAUUGGUCAGUUGAUAAUUUCAGUGCAACGAGCUCAUGGUCUAGAUGGAAAUCGGUUUCCGUUCAAAAAUAAUCCAUUUGCUGUUGUUGAAUGUAAUCAUCAAAGAUAUGCAACAAAUGUGCACGAUAAAGGCGGAAAAUCCCCGACGUGGGCAAUAGAUGGACCGUUUUCAUUUAACAUUUACACAACGGACGAUAAAGUCAACAUGUGGGUACUAGAUAAAAAUGUAUUCAGAAAUCGAGGUAAGCUAUUAGGCAGUUCCGAAGUCAGUGUUAAAUUUUUGCUUGAUCAAGAUCAAGGUCAAUCGGAAAAAUGGUUACCAUUACACAGAAAAGAUGGGAGUCCUGGUGGUCAAGUAUUACUAGCAAUUGAGUUUAUAUCAGAUUGUCCACCUCCAUAUAACGGAUGA